GAUAGCGCUCUGACUGCGCUAAAAUCGGAGAAGACAUUUUUGUCGAAACGUCAAAACAACGGUUAUUGAUGGAUUCUGGCAUAAAAAGAGAAUAACCAUGACGAUUCAUAACUUGUAUAUUUUUUCGAAAACUGGAAUAUUAUUGUAUUAUGCUGAGUGGAAUAGGUUAAAUAAAUCGGGGAUAACAAAGGAGGAGGAAGCAAAAUUGAUGUAUGGAAUGUUAUUUUCUAUAAAAUCGUUUGUAAGUAAAAUCUCACCGUUGGAUCCUAAGGAAGGAUUUUUGUAUUACAAGACAAGCAAAUAUACACUUCAUUAUUUUGAAACACCAUCAGGACUUAAGUUUGUCUUGAAUACCGAUAACGCGAGUCAGAAUGCCAGAGAAUUAUUGCAACAAUUGUACAGAGAAGUAUAUUUGGAAUAUGUAGUAAAAAAUCCACUAUGCCAAUUAAAUGAACCUAUACAAAGUGAAUUAUUUAAAAUAAAAGUAGAUGAAUUAUUUAAAAAAUCUCCUCUAUUUUUAAGUCGAUCAUUAUAAAUAAUAAAAAAUAAAUUCUUUAUAUACAUAUAUAUACAAAAGGAGCUGAGUAUUUUUUAAUAACA